CCUCACGGCUGCAAUGGCCUCGCGCCGCGCGUGCCGCCCGCUGCCCAGCAACCAGGAAACACACCCUUAGAAUGGCCGCUCCCUACGAAGGCCCGCUGCGUCUUUGCGACGUCGAGGGCGCGGCGCAGUUGCUGUCGGCGGAGUGGCCGAAGCAGUCGGCGGAAAGCCGCGCCAAGCUCCUGCGCGCGAGCCUCGACGAAGCGCUGCCGCAGCAUGUCGUCGUCGUCGAGUCCGGCGCCGUCGUCGCCCACGCGGCGCUGAAGCGCGCCGCGGAGACGUGCGACGGCCGCAACGGCGCCGCGGUGUCGGUCGUCGUCGCGGCGGCGGCGCGGCGGCGCGGGCUCGGGAGGCGCGUCGUGCGCCUCGCCGAGGCCGAGGCGGCGGCCCGCGGCCUCGGCUACGUCUACCUCUGGACGCGCGUCCCCGAGUUCUACGCGGGGCUCGGCUACCGGGAGGCGAGGGCCGUGCCCCUGCGCCGCGGGUCCGCGGCGAAGCUGCCCGAGCCCGCGGUGCUGGCCCUCGAGGCGGCGCUCCUGAAGCGUUCGCCCCCGGCGCCGCCGGAGCGGGAGGACGGCGACGUCUGGAUGCGGCGCCGCGUGCUCGACCGGUGCGCCGACGGCGCCGCGGACGUGCCCGCGGCGGCGCUCGCGGCCGCGCUCGGCGGCGGCGCCGUCGCGGUGGGGGUGCGUGCCUUCCCCUGGGAGCGCCAGGUCGGCCCGUCCUGCGGCUGCGCGGCCGUGACCAUGGCCGCGGCCGCGCUCGCGGCCGCGGCGGCGCCGGACGUCGCGGGCGUCGGCUUCGAGGCCGCGCCCGCGGACGCGGCGCCCCAAGCCGGCGCGCUCGCGGCGGCCCUGGCCCUCGGCUCCACGGACGGCGAGCUCUUCGACGCGCGGGACCUCGCGCGCGUCGCCGCGGCGCGCGGCCUCCGCGGCGCCGUCGCCGCCGCCGCAACGGCCGACGCGUGGCGCGCGGCGAUCGCCGCGAGCCUCGCCGCGGGCGCCGUCGUCGCCUUCGCCUACGACCGCGGCGAGGCGAGCGACGGCUACGCGCCCGUCAAGCGCCGGGGCCACCGCGCGCACUACGCGGUCGCCGUCGCGAUCCGCGGCGACGCCGUCGCGUGCCUCCACGGCCUCAGCAGGCGGCCCCUCGUCGCGACCUGCGCCGAGCUCCAGGCGUCCAACGCCCAGAUCGCCGAGGUCGACCCGGACGAGGCCGCCUGGGCGGCCGCGGCGGAGCUCAACCUGGCGGACCGGUUGGUGGUCCUGUCGCGGCCGCGCCCGGCGUGCGCGCGCGUGGCCCUGAGCGUGCGCAAGGCGGGCGGCCUCCUGUUCCCGUCCAAGGUCGUGCUCCGCUGGAGCUUCGAGCUCGGGGGCGCCGCGCGCGCCGUCGCGCUGACGGCGUCGCUCCGGAAGAAGACGCGGGAGAUCGAGGUCGACGGCGAGGCGCUUUCUCGCGGCGACGGCGCGGCGUUCCGGGACGACCGCGCGAGCCGCUUCAGCUGGACGCGCCACGGCCACCGCUUCGCCCUCGAGGAGCGCCUCGACCUGCCCAAGGGCGCCGAGGCGGCGAGGCGCUUCCGCCUCUCCGUCGACGACGUGCCCUUCGACGUCGGCGCGGGCGGCUGCGUGGCGACC